CGAGUGCAACGAACAUCAUCCGCCAACGACCGUCGAUACGCCGACAUCAAGAUGUGAGUUCCAUCUCCAUAAUCCGAUAUUCUCCUUUCAUGGGGAAAUACUGUCAAUUGAUGGAAUUUUCCUCCUCGAUCAGCUCUUGGAAAUGGCCCAUUUUCGGGAAAUUUCUCUUCCUGCUGGGGACUCUCCCCUCGACCGGUUCUGAACAACAGAAAGGCUGACCGUGUGAUUUCUCGCUUUACAGGGUCAACCUUCGCACCCAGAAGCGCCUCGCCGCCUCCGUGGUGGGCUGCGGCAAGCGCAAGAUUUGGCUCGAUCCCAAUGAGAUGAAUGAGAUCUCCAACGCCAACUCCCGCCAGACCAUCCGCAAGCUCGUCAGCGAUGGCCUCAUCAUCCGCAAGCCCGUCACCAUGCACUCCCGCGCCCGUGCCCGUGAGCUCAACGCUGCCCGCAGAAUCGGCAGACACCGCGGUCUGGGUAAGCGUAAGGGUACCAAGGACGCUCGUAUGCCCAGCCAGCUCCUCUGGAUGCGCCGCAUGCGUGUUCUCCGUCGCCUCCUCGUCCGCUACCGUGCCGCCGGCAAGAUCGACAAGCACCUUUACCACGAGCUCUACCACCUGAGCAAGGGUAACACCUUCAAGCACAAGCGCGCUCUGAUUGAGCACAUCCAGAAGGCCAAGGCUGAGAGAGCGCGUGAGCGCCUGCUCAAGGAGGAGAUGGACGCCAAGCGUGCCAAGAACAAGGCCCUCCGUGAGAGACGACAGGAGCGUAUCGAGGCCAAGCGUAACGCUCUGGCCGGCGAGGAGCAGCAGGAGUAAACCAAAAAAGCCAUCUGACUUUUUUUGGCGGUGCGGAGGUUGAACUGGGGGGGAAAUCCAAUAGCCAACGGGAAUCAGGUCGGCCAUGUUUGUUUUAUGUCUCUCAGGUCUGGCUCGGUGGUUUGAUUCUCUGUCCGGGACAAUUGAUCAGGGGAAACCUGCAAGAUAUUUGAUACCUGGGAUCGGGAAGCAGUAAAAUGCUAUUCCUCUUUUUUCUCUCCCAAGGAAAAAGAGCAAA